AUGUCCUCCACUCCGAUCAUUGUCCAUAUGUGCAUGCGGUCCGACGAUAUGGCACCCGCACCCGGCACGUUCCUUCGCUGGGUCGACGCGCCCUUGGUGAAAGGCGUAGCCCACCUUUGUGACAUGGUCGACAAGACGAAGACGUUCAAGGCGGAGAUACUCUUCUCAGAAGCUAUACCCACGCACGGCAUCCCUCUACGAUGCAAAGCUCGCAAAGAGAACAUGAAAGACUUUACGCUCGAGACAGUGCAAGCCCUACCCAAUGGGCCGAAUCACUGGCUAUGUAGCCUAUCCUGCUCGGUGGAACGCUUUGAAGCCGUCAUGCUCAUUCUCGCGUUCUACGAAGCAAGGCACGCGUGUCCGUAUACCAAAGAACAUACGGUACAGGUCAAGCGCGAAGUACCUGAACCGAGUCCAGGGAGGGCUGCAAAGCGGCAGCGGACAAGCCAUCGGAGCUUGUAA